AUGGGCCUUUCCUCCUUUCGGAGCCUCAAGAGUAUUUGCUGGAAAGGCUCAAUGGACAAUAGCCAUCAUCUAUUGGGCACUGUCAUUGAGAAGAAUGCCAAUCAUCUUGACCACCUGGAGCUGGACCUGCUGUACACCGACGGGGACUUUUCACGUGCUCGGGUCCACGUUCAAAGACAGGAAGGUGAUAACGACCCAGGCUACUUUGGCAAGAUUCUGAUGCUGCAUGAGCACACAGUCCAGCCAAUAUUCCAAUCCCUCACCUCGCUUGUGCUCACGAAUGUGCCCCUCGGGCCAGCUAUGGUGGGCAUGAUCAACUUUGAAGUCCUCCAGUCACUAACCCUCAGGCUGUGCCCUGGCUGGGCGAGGUUCACCCAACGCAUCGUAAAGACGAGGUCCCCGGUGAAGUUGAAGACACUCGAGCUGCACCAUGGCUUGUCCACCCAAGUCGAAAACUCACAGCUUAAGGUGGAAGAGCUCAUUGAUGUUUGUGGAGGCCUUGAGGAGCUUUUUCUGAAUCUCCCGAAGCCGGAUGAUGCUAGGUCAAUUUGGAAGCACAUCACUCGCCAUGAAGCAUCACUGAAACGUCUCGUGCUUCACUACAGGACGCGAGAACGGGACGCAUACGGGUUCUCGCUACAGGAGACUGACCUGCCAAGCCUCGGGCUGACCGAGCACGGAAACACAAUCUAUUAUCCACCGGAGCCGAAUCCUCUACAGGAGCUCAAGCUCGAGUGUAUCAGUUUAUGCUGUUUCCCAGAGCUAGCUGAAUUGAUGCUGGAAACCUCACCAAGCCUCGCUUCGUUGAAAUUUGUCCACAUCCGAAAGGCAAGUUUCGACUACCGGCUACCUAACCCCUCUCCCCAGAUUCCCACUCCCCUUCUGUGGUUUGCCGAGUGGGCAUUUGGACCAGAUGGACCUCCUCUGCUCGAGGCUGUUGCCUAUGGAAGGUUUUCUCACGGGGGUCGGACUCAUGAGGACAAUCUUAUCCUCUGCCCGACUCGAGACUGGUUUCGAACUGUGCCCAGAGAUGGUCGCGAGUGGCUGGGCAUAGUUGCCAAGUAUCGCAAUGUGUUGGAAGCUUGUCCAGUGGAGCCGUUGCUCCUCUAUCUUGGCAUCUACGCCAAUGUCUGCGUGACGGCGACGUAUUCUAACCGCCAUGGAGAAAACCUACGAGCUGCGCUCUUUCACAGCAUCGGGGCUCUAAUAGCAAAGCACCCCAUCCUGUCCGCAGUUCCUGUAGACACGACAACUACGCCACGAUUCGUCCGUUUGCCUCGUCUUGGUCUCAAUGAAGUCGUCGCUUUCAUUGAGAAGCCGGGUUACACACCUGGAGCAAGUUCAGAUCCUACCCUGGACGAAAUGGUCCAAAGCCAGCACAACGUUCCGUUCAAGCAAGACAACUCGUUGGUUCCUUUUUGGAGGGUCACUAUUCUCCAAAAUCCUGACGACUCUUCCUGGUUCUCUCUGUGUCUCUGCUUCCAUCAUUCGCUGCUGGAUACGCAGAGCGCAGUAAUUAUCCACCAAGACCUGGAGUACGCUCUGGUCUCCAACGACAAGGGCGCUGCGAUGGAGACGGUAGAAGGAUCUCAGAAAACAUUGCUUCCUCCUCUAGAGUCAAUGGUUGGCCUUCCAACCUCCUCUGACUUUGUCCAUGGCCAGCAAAGCCUCGGCGAGCCACCCCGAAAUUGGUGGAGCGGAAAGCCGCAAACUCUCCCCGUUCAGACGAGAUUCUCUUCCGUUUGGAUCCCUUCAGCUUCCUUCACUUCUUUGCGACAAAAAUGCAAGGAACAAGGUGUCACAUUGACAGCAGCCCUCAUGUCGCUGAUCGCCGGGGCCUUCUUCCGCGUCCUCCCCUCGGAAUACAGCGUUGUCCAAGGAGACUGCGCCGUCUCUCUACGGCGCUUUUUGCCAGAUUAUAUAGACCAACGCUCGGCGGGAUGCUACGUCGGGUCCCUGAGCGAGGUCUAUAACAGAGAAUCCCAGUCUAUACGGAGGGACGCCAGGCGCACAAAGAAGACUAUCGGCGAAACCCUGCAAUUAAGAGGUGCCGAUAUGCCGGUGGGCUAUCUUAAACAUGUUCCAGACAUCGCUGGGUGGCUGUCUCGCAAGAUGGGGAAGAGACGAUGGGCUGCUUGGGAGUUGAGCAACGUUGGGGGAUUUGACGAUGCGCCUGGUCUGAAGAGCGAGGAUCGUCAGAUUCAGAGCGUCAUGUUUAGCCAGAGCGCUAGUGCCUGCUCGGGGGUUGUUAAAGUCAGCGCAGCAUCGGGGAGGGAUGGGAGCCUUGGACUGGGUUUUACGUGGCAGAAGGGUGUUGUGGGUGAUGAAGUGGUGAAGGAGUUGGUUCAGAGCCUCGUUGAUCUAAUCCAGGAGAUUACUUCAUAA